ACAACAUUUAUAGCAAAAAUAUCAUGCUGCAUUUUUUACGAGAAUACAAUAUCAAUAAAAUAUUAUUGUCACAUAUUGGUCUUUGGCCAUUACAAAGUAAAUUUGUAAGACGUUUGUUACCGAUUUCAUUACUAAUACUUUUGAUAAGUUUCUUUCUAUUGCAGAUAACAACAAUGUUUGAUUGUUGGAAAGAUAAGGACAUAAUUUUUGAUAUUUGUCUCAUCGUUGCCGCAAUGGUGAUUUUUAUUGCUAAGUUAUGGAAUGAGCUUUUUAACUAUGACACGGCACAACGUUUAUACGAAGCUAUGGAAAAUCAUUGGAAUAUAUUUACAAGUGAAUCUGAAGUGCGUAUUCUUAAAAAUAAUUCUAGUAAAUCACGAAAAUGUAUAAAAAUGUACGCAAUUCUAUUAUAUACAGCGAUAACAAUAUUUCUAUUGACUCCAUUUAAACCAAUACUACUCGAUAUCAUAUCGCCUCUUAACGAAUCACGAGAGCGAUACUUUGCAACUGCUUUUGAAGUAAAAAUAGAUAUGAACAAGUAUUACGUACCGCUUCUUUGUUACAAUACGAGUGUAAUAUUGGCGGGUGUAGCUGUUCUAAUUGGUACCGACAGUAUAUUUAUUACUCGUAUAUUUCAUGCUUAUAGUUUAUUUUAUAUUAUUAAUCAACAUUUCAAGAGAAUAUUGACAUCGGAUAUCAGUAUAAAAGAUAGCGAAUAUUACGGACAUACAAACGUAUAUGUUAAUAACGAAUACUACAUGAACGCAAUGCUUAAAUCGACAAGGGAACAAGAAAUAUACCAGAAAUUUGUUAUAUGUUUAAAAAAACAUCAGAUUGCUUUAGAGUUUGUUGAUUUAUUGAAUUCAAUUUAUCGAUUAGGGACAUUAAUUACAAUAUUAACUCCUUGUAUGGUUAUAAGUCUAUCUGGAAUUCAACUCAUAUAUGUGUUGGAUCAAAUUGAGCUGGUAAUAAAAAAUGUUAUGAUAAUCGUAUCAGUAUUAACAAAUCUCUUUGUUUUUUGCUACUUUGGUCAACAGUUGUUAAAUGAGAGUCAAAAUGUAUUCCAUCAAGCAUACGCUAUAGAAUGGUAUAUAUUCUCAUUGAGAAUAAAAUCAUUGUUGAUGAUAACUCUUCAAAAAAGUAUUAUACCUUGUACCUUAACAGCUGGUAAAGUAUUACCAUUAACAAUGGCAACUUAUGCUACAGUAAGUACAACAGUCUUAAAUGUUUACUUGCAAUAUACAAAAAAACACUUAUGUAUAUCUUUGCGUUCUAUUUAAGAUGGUGAGAGGAGCCAUAUCCUACUUCAUGACAUUCUUAUCUCUCAAAGAUAGUUAAUUAGCUCCGUAUAUUUUAUAGUUCUUUCUUAGCUUUGCCAGCAUCAAGCUAUUUGAGCGAUUGUGUACGAUAUUUUAUCGAGCUCUGUUUAAGAACUUAUAAUUAGAUUUUGCUUUAAAAAAAAAUUUAUUGUAUCUAUAUUAACCGCUAGCACAUUUCACGCCAAUAAAGUAAAUAUAAUUAAAA